GCUGGCAGCCCCGCCAGCCCGACAUUCGGGAGCGGCCCGCGGCACAGCUCCGGUGCGCGUCACCUCCAGCCCCAGGUUUCCUGAGGCGGCCGUACAAUCCUCGGCAGUGUCCUGAGACUGUAUGGUCAUCUCAGCCUCCGCGCCCUCCCGGCCUCGGACUCUCCAACUCCCGUCGUUCGAGUCACUUCUUCUUCUUCUUCUUUUUUUUUUUUUCCGAAAACCCAGAAAAGUGACUCCUGACUCCUUUUCGAGAGAAAAGGGAACUCAGUCCUCGUCUUGCUGCCCUCUUUUUGCGUUUGACAGCCUCCUCCCACUUCUUUCCUGGACCCCGCCUCCCUGUGCAGGUUCCUCCCCGUCACCUUUCUCCACCCCCCUCCCCCGCACCUACCCUGCAGCCCGCAAACUUCCACCUGGCUGUGCGGGGAGCUCGGGACCUGCGAGCGCUUAGGAUCUUUAACACCUGCGAGGGCCACAGCGAAGGCAGCAGCUGUAGCCGCUACUGGUCCUGUAGCCCAGGUGCUCCGCGUCUCAAAAGGCCACAGCGACGAUGACAGCUGACAAGGAAAAGAAAAGGAGUAGCUCGGAGAGGAGGAAGGAGAAGUCCCGGGAUGCUGCCCGGUGCCGGCGGAGCAAGGAGACAGAGGUCUUCUACGAGCUGGCCCACGAGCUGCCCCUGCCCCACAGCGUGAGCUCCCACCUGGACAAGGCCUCCAUCAUGCGGCUGGCCAUCAGCUUCCUGCGCACACACAAGCUCCUGUCCUCAGUUUGCUCUGAAAAUGAAUCUGAAGCAGAAGCUGACCAGCAGAUGGACAACUUGUACCUGAAAGCCUUGGAGGGUUUCAUUGCCGUAGUGACCCAGGAUGGCGACAUGAUCUUUCUGUCGGAAAACAUCAGCAAGUUCAUGGGACUCACACAGGUGGAGCUAACAGGACACAGCAUCUUUGACUUCACUCACCCCUGUGACCAUGAGGAGAUCCGUGAGAACCUCAGCCUCAAAAAUGGCUCUGGUUUUGGGAAGAAAAGCAAAGACAUGUCCACCGAGCGAGACUUCUUCAUGAGGAUGAAGUGCACCGUCACCAACAGAGGCCGCACCGUCAACCUCAAGUCAGCCACCUGGAAGGUCCUGCACUGCACGGGCCAGGUGAAGGUCUACAACAACUGCCCCCCUCACAGCAGUCUCUGCGGCUGCAAGGAGCCGCUGCUGUCCUGCCUCAUCAUCAUGUGCGAGCCCAUCCAGCACCCGUCCCACAUGGACAUCCCCCUGGACAGCAAGACCUUCCUGAGCCGCCACAGCAUGGACAUGAAGUUCACCUACUGCGACGACAGAAUCACAGAACUGAUUGGUUACCACCCUGAGGAGCUGCUCGGCCGCUCAGCAUAUGAGUUCUACCAUGCCCUGGACUCGGAGAACAUGACCAAAAGUCACCAGAACUUGUGCACCAAGGGGCAGGUGGUCAGCGGCCAGUACCGGAUGCUUGCGAAGCACGGGGGCUACGUGUGGCUGGAGACGCAGGGGACGGUCAUCUACAACCCCCGCAACCUGCAGCCUCAGUGCAUCAUGUGUGUUAACUACGUCCUGAGUGAGAUUGAGAAGAACGACGUGGUAUUCUCCAUGGACCAGACAGAGUCCCCGUUCAAGCCGCACCUGAUGGCCAUGAAUAGCAUCUUUGACAACAGUGGCAAGGUGCCUGUGUCGGAGAAGAGCAACUUCCUGUUCACCAAGCUGAAGGAGGAGCCCGAGGAGCUGGCCCAGCUGGCCCCCACCGCGGGAGACACCAUCAUUUCUCUGGAUUUCGGAAACCCAACCUUCGAGGAGUCCUCAGCCUAUGGCAAGGCCAUCCUGCCCCCAGGCCAGCAGUGGGCUGGAGAGUUGAGAAGCCAUGGAGCCCACAGCGAAGCCGGGAGCCUGCAUGCCUUCACCGUGCCCCAGGCGGCCGCCCCGGGGAGCACCACUCCCAGUGCCACCAGCAGCAGCAGUUGUUCCACGCCCAGCAGCCCUGGAGACUAUUACACAUCUCUGAGUGAUGACCUGAAGAUUGAAGCGAUCGAAAAGCUCUUCGCCAUGGAUACAGAGGCAAAGGACCAGUGCAGCACCCAGACGGACUUCAAUGAGCUGGACCUGGAGACCCUGGCGCCCUACAUCCCCAUGGAUGGGGAAGACUUCCAGCUCAGUCCCAUCUGCCCCGAGGAGAGCCUGCUGCCAGAGAACCCGCAGCCCACCCCCCAGCACUGCUUCAGCACCAUGACAAACAUCUUCCAGCCACUGGCCCCCGGGGCCUCCCACAGCCCCUUCCUCCUGGACAAGUAUCAGCAGCAGCUGGAAAACAAGAAGAUGGAGUCUGAGCAGCGGCCCGUGUCCCUCAUCUUCUUUGACAGCGGGAGCAAGGUGUCCCUGCCACCGUGCUGUGGUCAGACGUGCACCCCUCUCUCCUCCAUGGGGGGCAGAUCCAACACACAGUGGCCCCCUGACCCGCCGUUACAUCUGGGCCCCACGAAGUGGCCUGUCGAAGAUCAGCACACGGAGCCCUUGGGGACAUCGCCAUUGGGGCCCCCCAUCGCCACGCCCCAUCUCUCCAUGUUCAAGAAGAGGUCUGCAAAGGGCUUCGGACCUCAGGGCCCAGACGUGAUGAGCCCGGCCAUGGUCGCCCUGUCCAACAAGCUGAAGCUGAAGCGCCAGUUGGAGUAUGAGGAGGAGCAAGCCUUCCAGGACAUGAGCGGGGGGGACCCACCAGGCAGCAAUGCGUCACAGUUGAUGUGGAAAAGGAUGAAGAGUCUCAGGAGCAGUGGGAACUGCCCUCUGAUGCCGGACAAGCUGCUGAGUGCAAACAUCCCCAGUGACAAGUUCAUCCAAACUCCCAUGAGGGGCCUGAGCCAGCCGCUGAGACACUUAGCACCGCCCCAGCCACCGUCUGCUGUGAGCCCCAGGGAGGACGCCAAGGGCAGCUUCCCCCCGCAGUGUUACACCCCCCAGUACCAGGACUACAGCCUCCCCGCAGCUCACAAGGUGUCAGGCAUGGCAAGCCGGCUGCUCAGACCCUCGUUUGAGGCCUACCUGCUGCCCGAACUGACCCGAUAUGACUGUGAGGUGAACGUUCCUGUCCCGGGAAGCUCCACGCUCCUACAAGGAGGGGACCUCCUCAGAGCCCUGGACCAAGCCACCUGAGCCAGGGCCGCCCACCGGGAGCACCCUUCCCACGCCGUCCCACCAGCUUCACAUUUUCUGUCUAUUUUUUGCAACUAGGUAAUUCUAACACCAACACACUUUUUACAAGAUAUACUUACCUGGCACACUUGCCCAGGUCACCAAGCAGUGGCCUUGUUCUGGAGAUGCUCACUUCCUUAUGCAUAUUUUUAAAAUACACAACAGUUUGACCUGCUGUGUUCUGCUCUGUCAAUGGAAAUGUUCUUAAAUUUUAUAAGGUUUUUUUUUCUUCCCCAACUUCAGUUACUUCUAAUUUAUAUUAUUCACGGGUGUCUGUCUUUCUCUCUCUCUCUUACCACACACACAAUAUUCAUACUAACAAGUUUGGUGUAUGUUCUCCUGUAGGGAAAACUUUGGCUUCAUUUAACUAAAAAGAUUUUGUUGUUGUUGUCAUUGCCAAAGAGAUACAAAAUAAUUUUGCUUUCCCAGCUUGAUUUGUGGCCUCUCUCUCUUAGCCUUUCUCCUUUUUUAAAAACUAAUUGCUGUAUUAUAAAUUUCAGCCUUUUUUUAAGCCAACUCUUUGCUCUAAUUUUAAUGACUUUUGGGGAAAAAAUGGAAAUGUGAAGGUUGUGAACUCCAUUGUAUGUGGUUUUGUGUGAAAGUUGCACAGUCUGGCUUUUCCUAAACUGAUUUUUUUUUUCCCCCGCAUUUGGUGGAUUUUUUUUUAAUUAUUAUUAUUCAAAAACAUAACUGAGUUUUUUAAAAAGAAAAUUUAUAUCUGGGUUAAGUGUUUAUCAUAUAUAUGGGUACUUUGUAAUAUCUAAAAACCGAGAAACGGAAAUGGAAUCCUGCUCACAAAAUCACUUUAAGAUGUUUUUUUAAGCUGUUAAUCUUCUCUUUCCUGGUGUCGCUGACACUGCAGAAUUGUACAGAACUCCCACGGGCCUGUACUAACCCCACUCAAGGUCUCUCUCUCUUGGCUUUUUGCUUUGGGGCUAUGCCAUAGGCAUUGCAAACAAUCCAAAAAGUGGAAUCAUCAAGUGGGAGCAUUGCGAGCUGUCUUCUCAUGUUCUAUAUGUAUUAUGUAUGUAUGUAUGUAUUAUUAUUACUGCCAAGAGGGUCUGAUGGCACAUCAUGGGGGGAGGGCAGAUCUAAGGGAGGGAAGUGCUUGAACUCUUCUUAAGGUUUUGUGGCCAGCCCUUCAAGUGCACUGAGCUAUGUGACCCUGACGGCCUUUCAUGCGGCACAUUUGGAUAUUUCCAGAACCACCAUGAGAUGGGUUGGAUGGGAAUUCAUUCAUGCGCGAAAGUGAGGAUUCAGGAAUAGGGUGGCGGUCCAGUCCACGUCCUCCCAGCUCGCCCGCCCCCGUGGAGCUGGGCUGACAGGCUGUGGGAAGGGGCCGCUGGUCCUGAGCAGCCUCACCCCCGCGCUGCUUCCUCAGCUGGCCAUCACAUCACCCCCACAAGGCGGAGGUGCGGUGAGCAGGCCUCCGGGGACAGCCCUUGGCCCUCCUCGAGGUCUGUCUGUCACCAGAAGUGACUCGUACAGGUAGGAAGCACUGAAAACAGAGUGUUCUUAGAGCGCCGUGCAACUCACCAGGUAAGAGGGAUGUUUGAAGUACCAAUCACGUGGCGCUUUUCUGUCUCGGGUACAGGGAAGAAGCUUCUAGAAACACACAAAGCAACACACAGCAAGCUAAGAAUUUGGAAAGCCCGGAUGGACUUACUGCCAAAAAUGAAACAAUAAAAUUUAAAUUUCAAAAGAAAAAUUACUUAGUCACUGUGUUGCCCAAAUCUUACUUCGGCACCACCCCUCUGCCCACGCACGGCAGCCGAACUUGAAGGGUUACUGGCGUGCAAGCGCUGGUGUUUGAUCUCCUGUGUGUGUUUUGCCUCAGCAUUAAGGGCAUUUUACCCUUGCAGUUUUACUAAAACACUCUGAAAAAAAUAUUCCGAGCUUCAUAUUAACCUUAUCUGUCAACGUAAUGAUUUCAUGAACAUUAUCAUAUUGUCAAAUUCCUACUGACAACAUUAUUAGUAUACGGGAGCUUAACUUUAUAAGGAAAUGUAUUUUGACACUGAUAUCUUAUUAAAGUAUUCUGACCCUA